UGCAGUGGCUAGUAUUAUGUGUCAACUUGUCUAAGCUGUAGUGCUCAGCUGUGUGGUCAAACAGUAGUCUAGAUGUUGCUGUGAAGGUGUUUUGUAGACGUGAUCAACAUUUACCAUCAGUUGACUUUAAGUAAAGCAAUUUAACUUCCAUAAUGUGGAUGGGCCUCAUCCAAUUAGUUAAAGGUGUUAAGAGAAAAGACCAAGGUUUCUUGGAAAAGGAAUUCUCCCACAAGACUAACAUAAUAAUGUCGUGUGAGUUUCUAGCCUGCUGGCCUGCCUUCACUGUCCUGGGGGACGCUUGGGGAGACCAGGUGGACUGGAGUAGACUGUUGAGAGACGCUGGUCUGGUGAAGAUGUCCAGGAAACCACGAGCCUCCAGCCCAUUUUCCAACAACCACCCACCAACACCAAAGAGGUUCCCAAGACAACCCGGAAGGGAAAAGGGACCCGUCAAGGAAGUUCCAGGAACAAAAGGCUCUCCCUAAAAGACCACCGCUUCAAAAAAAACCUGAGGAAUGGAGUGGGUCAACACUAUCCAGCCACUCUGACCAGCCGAACGAGGAACUCAAUCAAAAUGCACCACAGCAGGACCACAAGGGCAAGGAGACCACCACCUUCUCCAGUGCUUCCUUGGGCGCCAGUAAUUCCUGGGCAAGGCCAGAGACUUCAAGUCUAUCUGAAAAGUCUCCAGAGGUCUAACCUCAGAUAAAUAGCCAACAGGGUGUAAAAUAAAUAGAGUACAUUUUACACCCCAAAGGGUAUGCCCCAUGGUGAUGGAAAUAAAAUGAACAUGUUGUAAAA